AAAAUGGCCUAACCAGAACAACAAGAAGUUUUCUCAAUAAAGCCAACACUUCUUUCUCAACCCCCAAAUAGAGAGAGAGAGCAGAGGAUCAAUGAGACGGAGGAACAGGAGCGGUCCUAAGCUCGAGUUGAAGCUGAACCUUUCGCCACCUCCUUCUCAAGGCGAGCAGAUGAGUAUGGUUCGGUCUCCAAGCAGAUCAAACACAGCUUCACCAAACUCAUGCGUUUCCUCUGAACCGAGCCAGGAGGAGAUGGAGAAACCAAUCUCAAUGGUCCUCGUCGGUUGCCCUCGUUGCCUUAUGUACGUUAUGCUCUCUCAGGAUGAGCCAAAGUGUCCUAAAUGCAAAAGCACCGUCCUACUCGAUUUCUUCCAUGAAAACGCCUCUGCCGAUACAACCGCUCCCGCCGUCACCACUAAACGCAAUAAGAGCUUCAUAACCAAUAUUUAAAACUUAAACCUAUAGGCUGAUCCAACCGUUCUUGUUUCUGUAUUUUCUCUUGCAUCUUCUAGUAGUCGUUUGUCAUUGAGUAGUGCUAAUCACUGCUCCACUUUGAAAUGUUGUCUAUUGUUUUGCUUGUCCAGAAAACAUAGUUAAAAUGGUACCGUAUGAUAUAAAUUAGUUUUUAUGGACUAUAAAUUAGUUUUUAUGGACUAUGGUACUACGUACUACUUAAUAUGUGUGUAAA